GUCAGCUGAGACUGAAGACGUCACCUGAUGAUGAUGAAAAGCUUCUCUCACUGAAAACGUCCAGAUGAACAGAAUCAACUUCUUGGGAUUUCUGAGCUACUUUAGGCUCAUGCAGAGGUCACAUCGGUUGGCUUUGUUUGGUCCCUGCUGAAGUCUUGGUGGUUUGAAGUUGGCGUGUGUGUGUGUGAGAGAGAGUGAAAGAGAAAUAAAGCUCUAACUAUAUAUGAAGCCCUGUAUGAGUUUCCACAGAUGCUUUUUGUAUUAAAAUGAGUUCAUUCACCUUUACGCUCUGAAUCUGGUCCUCGUGUUGGGACCGAUGGCGAGCACAUCAUUGAUGUUGAGGAGACAGCUCAGAUUCAUCAUGUGACUAAACAGGAAAACAAAGAAUUUGUACAGCUUUUAUUUUUUUCUACUAACAAAGAAGUAAAACUCAAACAUACCAUAUAUCAUUCUCGUCUGCUUGAACCUUGGGUCAACACCUGAACGUGGACUGAGGUGGAACCCUACCAUCUCCACCCACUGAUAAGAUGAACCAUAAACCUUUGAGCUGCAACACGUCACCAUCAGCUGACUUUAAAGGUUUGUUUUCGUCAACUGAAACCAGCAGAGAGCUCAGAGGUCCAUCAGCUUUAACAGAAGCAGGAUGAAGAGAGGAGCCCAGGUUGGUCUGGCAGGUCUGUGUAAUACUGGACUGGAGCUGGAGGACAUGACAGGAAGAACCGUCCAGGCAUCUGGGUGUCCGCAGGGAUCCAGGUCCUCGGUGUCAGCAGCAGCUUGGUGGGUGUCUUAUUACAGAGGUCGCUGGAGGCAGGAAAGAAGAAAGCUUACAGGAUUUCAGGUGGAGGUCAAAUACUGUGGUCUGGCUGAGGAUGAUGAAGAUGACAAAGAGCAGAGGGACAAAACAGACAACAUCAACAAAAACCAACAACUCAACAAAAAACUGCUCGAUCACUUCAGACACCUGGCUGCAUCCAACCAGGACACUGACCAGGUGGACCUUCAGCUUCUGGACUGGGCGAUCUCAGACGGAGCUGAUCCAAACGCCUCAGACAGAUAUGGACAGACCGUCCUGCACGAGAUCUCCAGAGCGUGGAGCGUGGAUGUGAUGCGGUUCUUCCUAGACCGGGGCUCAGACCUCCUGCGCCCGGAUCAGUUUGGAGUCACUGUGCUGCAUGUGGCCUCGGCGCUGGACUAUCAGGGCAUGAUCCAGUUCCUGCUGGACCGAAAAGCUGAUCCGGAGGCUCGCACCUUUCUCGACCAGCAGACCCCGCUUCACUACGCUGCAAAGAACGAUGCCAUUGGUUCGAGCAGGCUUCUGCUGCAGGCCGGAGCCUCCAUCGGCUGCACCGACUACAAACACAGGACACCGCUGCAGCUCGCCGCUAAUGCAGCUGCAGAUGGUGAUUCAGGAGGAGAAACUGGAUCUCAUCAUGAAUCCCAUCUUCCUCAAACUGAUCCAGGUCAAAUGGAAUCGCUACGGCAGGACUGGUGGCGUGUCCUCUUUGUGGUCCUGGCGCUCCUGUUGACCCUAGAGGAAGUGCUAAGGGAGGUGUGGGACACCCUGCGCUCAAGGAAGAAGCUCCACCUCUGGCAGCAGUUGUGAAGCAUCGUCUCCAGAGUGACCUGAGCUGCUCACAUCCCAUGUGCCCACAGGAGAGAGAGUUUCUACUGAACCAGUUCAAACUGGUCGACAGGAAGAGAGGAAGCUACUGCCGGGACCUAUGUCUGGGCUCGGGAGAGCCCGAGUGCCCUGGAGGGACCUUCCCUGCCGGAUACGCGAUGGACGGG